GAGCGCACCGGUAAAUUUUAGCGGUCUGGCUUGCCGGUCACGCUUGUUUUGAAACAAUUGCAGAUUAUCCUGAAAUUAGCACGAAAUGAAGCUCAGCGUGGAUGGGCUGUUGGUGUACUUUCCGUACGAGUACAUUUACCCGGAGCAAUAUGCUUACAUGCUGGAACUGAAGCGUAGCCUGGACGCCAAGGGUCACUGCCUACUGGAGAUGCCCUCGGGAACCGGGAAGACGGCCACUUUGCUUUCCCUGAUAGUGGCAUAUAUGGUGGAGCAUCCGGAGACAGUGCGUAAGCUGAUCUACUGUUCCCGUACAGUUCCCGAGAUCGAGAAGGUCAUAGCCGAGCUGCAGAACCUGAUGGUCUACUACGAGCGCCAUUGUCCAAAUCCGCCGCCACUCACGGGAUUGGUGCUCAGUUCCCGAAAGAACAUGUGCAUUCAUCCGGAGGUCAGCAAGGAGCGCGAGGGCAAGGCGGUGGAUGGAAAGUGUUACGGACUCACAGCGAGUUACAUUCGUGACCGGCAUGAAAUGGAUUCGGAGACUCCAAUUUGCCAGUAUUUCGAGGGGUUUAGCUUGGAGGGCAAGGAGUCCACAUUGCCAGUCGGCGUUUACAGUAUCGAUGAUCUCAAAGAAUAUGGACGAUCCCGUAACUGGUGUCCAUAUUUUUUGGCCCGAUAUGCUAUUGCCCACGCCCACAUCGUGGUAUACAGUUACCACUAUCUGCUAGAUCCUAAGAUAGCCCAGGUGGUAUCUAAGGAGAUGAGCCGCGAGUCCUGUGUGGUUUUUGAUGAAGCGCACAACAUCGACAACGUUUGCAUCGAUUCGAUGAGCGUGAAGAUCAACAGACGGACUGUGGAGCGCAGCACAAACGCGUUGAAUCAGCUCACCAAACUGGUUCAGGACAUUCGCGAAGAGGAUACAAAUCGGCUUAACGAGGAGUAUCAGCGAAUGGUCCAGGGAUUGAAGGAUGCCAGCGUUCAGCGGGACACGGACAUGAUCUUGGCCAAUCCAGUCCUACCCAACGAUGUCCUAACCGAGGUGGUGCCUGGAAACAUACGCAACGCCGACCACUUUCUCAGCUUUUUGCGUCGCUUUAUUGAGUAUAUUAAGACUAGACUGCGAGUACAUCAUGUCGUUCAGGAGUCGCCGGCCGGCUUCCUCAAGGAUAUUUCCUCAAAGAUUUGUAUCGAACGAAAACCUUUGCGUUUCUGCGCGGAGCGUUUGUCCAGUUUGUUGCGCACCCUUGAAAUCAGUGAUAUGACUGAGUACGGAGCUCUCACUUUGAUCACACAUUUCGCCACCCUAGUGUCCACCUACACAAAGGGCUUCACCAUCAUUAUUGAACCCUUUGACGACAAAACGCCGACAGUGUCGAAUCCAAUUUUGCAUUUCAGUUGCUUGGACUCUUCUAUUGCCAUGGCUCCGGUGUUUUCACGAUUCCAGACCGUGGUCAUCACCUCUGGAACAUUGUCGCCCAUGGACAUGUACCCGAAAAUUCUCGAUUUUGAUCCCGUGGUCAUGAGCAGCUUCACCAUGACGCUGGCCCGUCCAUGUCUUCUUCCUAUGAUUGUGUCCAAGGGAAAUGACCAGGUUACUAUUUCUUCCAAGUUUGAGACUCGAGAAGACACAGCAGUGAUCAGGAAUUAUGGCCAGCUGCUGGUGGAGGUAGCAAAAACCGUGCCUGACGGCAUCGUUUGUUUCUUCACAUCAUAUUUGUACUUGGAGUCUGUGGUGGCCUCGUGGUAUGAUCAAGGCAUCGUUGACACCUUGCUACGCUACAAGCUGCUAUUCAUCGAGACCCAGGACAAUGCCGAGACGAGCUACGCCCUGAUGAACUAUGUUAAGGCCUGCGAUUGUGGUCGUGGAGCGGUGCUGCUGGCUGUGGCGCGUGGCAAGGUCUCGGAGGGUGUGGAUUUCGACCAUCACUAUGGUCGCGCGGUGCUCAUGUUCGGCAUACCCUACGUGUACACGCAGUCGCGGAUUCUGAAGGCCCGCCUGGACUACCUGCGCGAUCAGUUCCAAAUCCGUGAGAACGACUUUCUGACCUUCGACGCCAUGCGGCAUGCGGCACAGUGCGUGGGUCGGGCGUUGCGCGGAAAGACGGACUACGGCAUUAUGAUCUUUGCGGACAAGCGUUUCUCGCGGCACGACAAAAGGUCACGUCUGCCCAAGUGGAUCCAGGAGCACCUGGUGGACAGCUUCUGUAACCUGAGUACCGAGGAGGCGGUGCAAUUGGCACGCCGAUGGCUGAGGCGAAUGGCGCAACCGUUUACCCGCGAGGACCAGCUGGGCAUCUCGCUGCUGACCCUGGCCCAACUGGAGAACAUUGAACAGGAGAAGCUGGAGCGGCAGGCCCAGGGCAAACAGGGCGUUGGCGGCGAGGUACAGGAGCUGUGAGAUGUGGGAGGUGCUCACCUGGCUCAACCGGCUCUUUGUCCGACUUCCUUCCGGGAAUAACUUAAGUCGCUGUGCCGUCAGCUAAUGACAUUGAAUGCAAUUAAAAGCGGAUCACGACGGCAGUAUGGCUGGAAAAUUUAAAAGUUAAAUUUUUUUUUUGUCCGCCAUGCAAAUCAGACGUAAAUGUCCAAUUAAUGGCUAAUUAAUAUUAUUUAUAAUUUCGCAGGCAUGACUAACUGGCCGUUCAAGGCGGCGAAAGGGCGCAAGCGCAGCUUAAGUUUUUAUCUUUCAGCUGUAUUUGUAUCUAUACCUGUGAUCGCAAACGUAUUAGUUAAGCUGCCAAUUGAAAAAUAUUCUUUGUGAACUGCAAUUGUUAUUGCAAGCAGAAAUUACUCCGGCAAACAGAGUGGGAAAACAAAAUGUAAAAUAAAUCUUAGAUCAUUAUGGUAUACUUAA